GAAUCGGAGCGGAGCUGCUCUCUGACAACAUCUCCAGGACACUUCGCUCCAUGUGACUAAUCACAUGAUCUUCUAAAUAAAAAGGUGUUGCAGCAAGUAUAAACAGAGCUGCAGAUCUUCCUGUCUGUAAGUUCCUGCAGUGAGUUACAGAAGGAAACACUGGUGCAAACAGCAAUUGCCCUUUCUUGGACCAAACAUGUACAAUAUUGAUAAAAUCAUCAACCAAAGUAGUGUAAUUGGAAGUGGUACUCCUACUCGAUACCGUCUGAAACUGAGGGCAGAAUAUCCUGAUGAAUAUAGAAAACUGACCUUUGGUGAAAGAAACAAAGACAAACCCCAUAAAACGUUUGUAAUGGUGGGAGAAACAGGAACAGGGAAAACAACCCUGAUCAACACGAUGGUCAACUACAUCUUAGGUGUUCAGAGUGAAGACAGGAUUUGGUUUGAGAUCACAGAUGAUCAGAGUGACCAAACACAAGCUCACAGUCAGACCUCCAGCAUCACUCUUUAUGGGUUUUAUCUGCAAGAUAGUCCAGUCGAUUUAACAAUCAUUGACACACCAGGAUUUGGAGACACUCGGAGUAUUGAGAUGGAUCGAGAGAUUGCCAUGAGUUUGUGUAGCUUAAUAAAAUCUGAAGAAAUGGGUCAUGCAAUAGAUGCUGUUUGUCUGGUGGUUAAAGCAACCCAAAAUCGACUCUCUGACAGACAAAUAUACAUAUUUAAUGCUGUUCAGUCUUUAUUUGGAAAAGAUGUUGCUGAAAACAUUGUCUUGCUCUUCACACACUCAACUGGAGCUCAUCCUAAAGAUGCCCUGACGGCUGUUAAAGCGGCUGAAAUCAAGUGUGCAGUAAAGGAAAAUAAUCAGCCAGUGUUUUUCCUGUUUGACAACUGUCAAGUUCAGACCUCUGAUGAAGAAUAUUCUGAAGAACAAGAGCAGGUUCUGGAACAAUCUUGGAAGCGCAGCUAUCAGGGGAUGGACAAAUUUUUCAAAUUCAUGGAGACUGCAAAAUCAAAAUCCCUGAACAUGACAGAAAAUGUUUUGCAGAAACAAAACAAGUUGCAAACGAACAUCUGCAAUCUAAGAUUUCGUGUUGAAGAGAUAGACAAAAAGCAAAAGGAGCUGAAACAAACUCAAGAAGUCCUGGAGCAGAACAUGGAUUUUAUCCAAAACAAUGAAACCCUAAAGUAUGAAAUUGAAGUGCCCUACAAAGAGAAGGUUGAUAUUAAUCCUUCUGUAGCCAAAACAGCGAUGUGCUGCACUGUCUGUCAGGAGAACUGUCAUUAUCCAGGAUGCUGGUGGGUCAGAAAUCUGUCAUGGUGCAGCGUUAUGAAAAAUGGUUACUGUACAGUGUGCACAAAUAAAUGCCACUACAGCAAACAUGUCAAAGAAGCCAAAAUAUAUGAAACAAAGACAAAGUUAGAGCAGAGGACAUAUGAAGAGUUAAAGAAGAAAUAUGAAGACAAAAUUAGGGAUGGUAUGUCUUUGGUCAAGAAGAUGGAAGAAGAACUGCAAGAUUUUGAGAAAGAGAAAAUAAAGCUUGUGAUGGAAGCCUUUCACUGUGUGGAAACUCUGCAGAUCAUUGCACUCAAUGCGGAUUCACUGUUCACACUUCAGGACAUUGAGUUUAUGAUUGACAAGUUGAAGGAAAUCAAGGAGCCGGAAAAAGCCAGAACACUGGAAAGAAUCAGUAAGGAAGCAGAAGGAGGAACAAAACAGAUCUCUGGGGUGCCUAAAAGAUUGGGAAGAGGAAAAACCUUUGCUUUAAAAAACUCUGAGAAGACUAAAAAACAUUGAUAUGAUAUGAGUAAAAGGCUGUUUGAAGUGUGUAAAACUCUUGGACGUAUUUUAAAGAGUUUAUACUUUACAAACUUUCGGAAAUCCAGCAUUUAGUUGAUCCAUAUAAAUGCUCACUGGCACAGUUGUCCACAGCGGCCCAAAGGCAUGAAGUCUGGGUCUGAGACUACUAAGGGUUUAAGUGGUUAUCAGUGCUAAAUAUUGUACUAUUAAGCAAACCUAGUGGUCAUGUGGACUCUGCUUUAUUAUAUAUCUGGAUUCAGCUUUUUCAUCAUCCAUGACAUUUCUAGGGCCUUACAUGUAUAUUGCUUCAUGGGUUCUGUGUAAAAUCAUACUAAAUUGGUAGUGUAGGUUUCAAGUGAUUCUGCUGGCAUCAAUGUUUUCAAAAUGACAGUUGUACAAAUACAAUUAAAGGGUACAUA